AUGCUUCGUUGCUCAGUGCACUCUGUUCGACCUGUCACUGAGACUGAGCGCUUCACCUAUGAGAUCACCACCGACGAGGACCCUUCUCAGUGGAAGUCUCUCGCAGACAUCCUGCCAAAGCGAGAGUAUGUGGACAUUGUGGAUGAAGUCCCCAAUGAAGAAGACCGAGAACUACCAGAUCUUCCCGACGAGCCCGACAACACCACCUAUGUGCCUAUCCGAAGGGCCAAGCAUAAGCAGACCUUUGGUCCUGAUGAGUAUGUCAAGGUGCAUCGCUCUUCGCCCCUUGGCUUGGAUUCCUCCUCCUCUGCGAAUCCCAAGGUGAAGCAUUGGAUUCCUCCGCCACCGGCACCUGACCUUGAGUAUACUCCAUCUGUUGCUCCCGAACCAGGUGAACAUGAAGAUGAUCUACCAGAAGCUGAAGCUGGUGCUGACACUACUGAGGUCAGCGUGAGAGAGAAGCGUGAAGUCAAUGACUAUGACCGGGAAGUUGAACGACCUCCCAAGAAAUCCAAAGAUGAAGAGUCUCACAAGAAAGCUCGCUCCAGCUAUGACUUGGGCUGGAUAGAUCUUUUGCGGGCCGAUGUUGACAAUGAGGUGCAGGACUUUGAGCUCUACCAGGCUUUCCAAGAGACUGAAGAGUUCCUUUGCUUUGAGCUGGACAUCUCAUUUGACUCCAAAAGACAACGACACGUUGACGACUUCCACCGUGUUGGUGAUGUGAACAGCUCUGAGUGGCAGGCCAUCUGCCAACGCAUCGAUGCUGCAUACCAGUGGGGCAGUGUCAAGCGUGGAUGUUACCGCCGCGCAGGCACGGACAUCACCUCUGUCCGGAAGCCUGAUGGUCUUGUCGAGAUCGAGGUGGACCAAGACUCCUACAUCGAGACCCUUCAGGAUGUUGACAUCCCAGCUGAUCGCAUCCGAGCUGAUGACAAGCUCUCUCCUUCUGAGUUGGCCAGCUGCAGGGCAGCCCUGGGAUCUUUGCAAUGGUUGGCCAUACAAACCCAACCACAACUCUGCGCUCGAUGCAACCUCCUGCUGAGCGAUUUGGUGACCAAUGGUCAGUUGGAGCACGCCAGGGAGAUUCAGAACAUGAUCACUGAGAUUCGCCUGGAAUCUUACAAGCUUCGCUUCUUCAAGCCCAAAGAUGCUGAGCAUUGGAGUGACCUGACCUUCACCACAAUGGCCGACCAGUCGCACAACAACAGACCAGGACCCUCCUGUCGCUCUGGCCAUGUCACUGAGUUCAUAUUGGUGAACUGGCGCUGCUGGAAACUCAAGCGCAAGGCGAUUGCGUCAAACGACGCAGAAAUACAGGCAGCGCUAGAAUCCGAAGACUCCAACUUUCGGAUGAGGCUCCUAUGGACAGAGAUCCACGGAGCAGGCCACCAAAGGCCAAAAGAGCGCCACGACUUGGUGGAGGAGACGGAGAAGCAGGCCCGUCUUGUGAAAGGCAUCCUCUGCACCGACAGCCGUGGAGGCUACGACGCUGUGGAGAUGAACGAAUCUCCACUCCUUGGAUUAUCCAAUAUGAGGGCAGCGCUUCAGGCCUUUCAGUUGCGUGAUAAUCUGAGGAGAGUUGGGGUUGAACUUCGUUGGCUAGCUUCCGAUUUCGACCUGGCCGACAGCCUCACAAAGCGCAAGGCUUCCUGUCGAGAAGGAUUGGUCAAAUUCCUUCAGACCAACCGCUGGAGCAUCGCCUUCGAUCCACAGUUC